GUUUGUUGGUGUAAAAUGUCGGUCUGAAAGUGCAGACCAGUUGUGAGUUGUGUGGCAGUGAAUUUUUCAGAGUUUGGACUGCGUUAAAGGACCCGCCGAGGGGUUUCGCACGAACGAAUACAGUGGCUGGUUGGGAAGCAUCGUCACAAGGACGCUACCAUCCAGCGGAUUGUACAAACAUUCACACCAUGAGCAAUUCGGAGAGCAGCAGCGGUGACAGCAGUAAAAAGGCCAAACCAGAAGAAAACCAAGAUGAGCUGAUUAUAAAACAGCAGCGUGAAAUUGAACAAGAGAUUGCUCAUUCCAAACCGCUAGUCAGUGAAUCCCAGCCGAUCUCGAGCCUCAAUCAGGAGUAUUUGGACGAUGCGGUCUACAUAUCAAAAAUUCGGGACCUGUCGUCCAAGUACCGGGCCAUCAGGCGUAGCCGGCCGGAUGGGAAUUGCUUUUUUCGGGCUUUCGCGUACGCCUACCUGGAGUAUCUGGUACUGAACAAGGAGGAGUUCCAAAAGUUCUACGAAUACGCUUCGAAGUCGAGGGAGCGGCUGACCGAAGCAGGCUUUCCCCCGUUCACCAUCGAGGACUUUUACGAGACGUUCAUGGAGGUGAUAAACAAAGUUAAACCGGACGGCGACGAUACGGCCAGCGCCCUCAGCGAGCUGCACAAGCUAUUCAACGAACAGGGAUACUCCGAUUACGUCGUGGUGUACCUACGCCUCAUCACAUCGAGCCAUCUGCAGGAAAAGGCCGACUUCUAUCAGAACUUCAUCGACGGCAACAUAACCAUCGUCGAGUUCUGCCACCAGGAGGUGGAGCCGAUGUACAAGGAGUCGGAUCACAUCCACAUUAUUGCGAUCUGCUCGGCUUUGGACGCCGGUGUUCGCGUGGAGUACAUGGAUCGGGGCGACGGGAACCAGGUGAUCGCUCACGAUUUUCCCGACGGUUUCAAGCCGAACGUUUACCUGCUAUACCGUCCGGGGCACUACGACAUCUUGUAUCCGAACCAAGCAUAGAUUUUGUGCCCCUUCCUUUAACUAUGGACAAAGUUUCACGUGUCGUGUGUCACCCUUUUCGUUCGUAUCCGACCGGCGUUUGUCGCAUCCUUUCAUGAUUCCCCACUUCUAGUAUGCUACUCUAAGUAUAAUAAUAUAUCUAUGGAUCAAUUGUAAUAAAUGAAGUAACGUUUCA